AUGUCGGCCGUCGCAUCCAGCUCAGCCAUGACGAUCGACGACAUGGAUGCAGCCGACCGAGCCUGGGCCAUCCAGGAGAACAGGUUUCGAGCCCGAGCACGCUUGCGCCUGCAGGCAAGGGCACGCCGACCUCGAACGCUCCUCACUAGCAGGAACAGCAACGCCGCCACCCAACAAAGCAAUUCGACCUCGAACAAUCCACAUCAAGCCGAAGCAAGCGUGCCCUCGAUCGGGCCCAAUGCCAACCUUCGCACGGUUCCCGCCACCAGUCGCAAUGCACAACUCGAUCCGGCGCAGCUCAAAGUGGUCGGAAGCAAAGGCAACGUCGCGCGCACACGCAAGGUGGACGACGGAGAGAUUCCACUGCAGCGAGACAAAUCCCUAGGUGACUACAUCGAAUUCGACCUGUCCAAGCUUCACAACAGCAAGGGUGGUUUCCUGAUCGACGAUGAAGACCCCGUCGCAACACGCAAGACGUUGGACGAUCUGCGAAAGGAGAAGGAGCGCGAGAAGCAGCGGAUGCGCGAAUACGCCGAACCGGGCAUCUCGCUCGAUCUGCAAACGCGACCGACGUGCGAGAGCUGCGGCAGCCCCGAGAUCGUCGACCACCCGUUCAAGCGGGUCUUUGGCAUCCACGUCUGUCGCAAGUGCGAGCGCGAGAAGCCCGAACUCUACUCGCUGCUCACCAAAACCGAGGUAAAGGAAGAUUACCUGUUGACGGAUGCCGAGCUCAAGGAUGAAGAGCUGCUGCCGCAUCUGCUCAAGGCAAACCCGCACAAGGCGACGUAUUCCAACAUGAUGCUGUUCUGCCGCAAGCAGGUCGAGGAGUUUGCGUUCGGGCCCGGCAAGUGGGGCUCAGAAGCAGGGCUGGAUGCAGAGUUUGAGAGGAGGGAGGAGGAGAAGGCCAAGAAGAGGGGGAAGAAGUUCCAACAAGGUCUGGCAGAUCUGCGAAAGCGAACGAGGGACAAUGUCUGGCAGAGACGGAAGGACGAGGAGCACGUUCACGAAUGGGAAGAGGCCGAAGAGAGGGGCAAGGCGGUUCAGAGAUGUACACAGUGCGGAUACGCGGUCGAGGUGGAAGUGUUCUAA